CUCCGCCCUCACCUGCAGGAACCAUAUACCUGGGCCCCAAGAAGCGCAGGCGCUUCGGGAGCCGGACACCAGAGAGGAGUGCCUAGCAACUGUUGCAGUGAUGCCAGCCUGUUGACUCUGGACACUCCACAUCCAUGGUGCAGGGCCACCUCCUACAUGCCCUCCUGAGGCCAGCGAGCUGACCGUGGAGACCAGUCUCUGGGAUAUACGUCACGUCCAGCAAGGGAGUCCUUCAAUGACCCCAGGAUGGGGCUGCUUCUCUCCAGCUGAGCAAUCCUUCCAGAGGGAGCUGAGCAGUGUCCCCUCCUGUGGCCCCGGGAUGCUGAACUCCUCAGUGGCAGAUCAACUGACUCGACUGACCCUGAAACUCCUCGAGAAGAAACUGGAGCAAGAGCGUGAGGAUGUGGAGGGGGCUUCUGAGGACCCCCAUGUCGUGCCAGGAGAUGAGGACGGGCCAGAGGCCGCCCUGUGGAGCGCUCUGAGGAUGAGGAAGGACCUUCUGCAGAGACUCUGGGAACAGCGCCUCCUGGAAGAGGCUUCCCGGGUUCAUCACCACAGGGGAGUGCACGGAGGAGCCCAGGGGUCAGUGCUGCCCCCAGAGGCACCUCCCGUGAGCGUCCACCCCACUGUCUCCCCAGCUCCACCUGCCCUAGACCCACCAUGGAUCAUCCAACACCCGGCCCCCCCACCUCCUGCCACCAUCAUCCAGCAGCUGCCUCAGCAGCCACUCAUUGCACAGAUCCCCCCUCCCCCGGCCUUCCCCACCCAGCGGUCAGGAAGCAUCAAGGAAGAGGUGGUGGAGAUGAUGCUAAUGCAGAACGCACAGACACACCAGCUCCUCAUGCAGGCCUUGAUGCUCAGAGCCCUGCCCCCGCCAGCACUCGCGCCCACCCCCCUGCACCUCACCCCACAGGAUGCACAGCGCGCCCGCCUGGCCACCCAGAGGCCGCCCUCCGUCCACCACCACCACCGCUAUGCACCUCCAGCCCUCCUGCCGGCCAUGCCUGCGCCUGGCUCCCCUCUGGGUUACUCCGUGUGGCCCCUGGUGGUCUCUGCCACUGCUCUCCCGCCUGCUACCAGCUUCCUGCCCAGCACCACGCAGCACAUGACCGGCCCGUCUGUGGCCACCCUUAGCACGAUGGCGUCCAGUGGGGUCCUGCCUACACAGGCGCCAGGCCCGUGACCUCACGGUGGGCUCAGUUCCACACGAGCAGGAGCUCUGCUUGGGUCUGUGUCCUUGGAACUGCGCAGCCGCCAGAAGGCUCCUCAGAGGAAGAGAUGACCUUGGAAUUGCCCUCCACCUGCACACAGGCUCCCCUGCUGGGCUGACUGCA